UGAAUUCAAAGUUUGACCCAGACUUGACAGCUGCUCCUCCAGAAACAGUUUUAACUAGAAAGUUCUUUCUGCGUUCAAAAAAUCAUUAGAAACCAUUCACUCAAGCUCUACAACCAUGGCCAGAACCCUCCCAAAAGGCACUCCCAUGUUCCUCAUUCUGUUCACCAUCUUCUCCUUCUCAACCUCUGCCGCCGGCGGCGGCUUCUCAAAGAUCUUAUCUCCGGCGAAACUUGGGCUCAAGCGAGAGAAGCUGAGCCACCUCCACUUCUACUUCCACGACAUCGUCGGCGGGAGAAACCCAACGGCCGUGAGAGUUGCGGAGGCCGCCAUGACGAACACGUCCUUCACGGGUUUUGGCGCUGUGGUGAUGAUGGACGACCCAUUGACCGUACGGCCUGAGGUGAGCUCCAAAGUGGUGGGAAGAGCGCAAGGGAUAUACGCAUCUGCUGCACAAACUGAGUUUGGGUUCUUAAUGGUGCUCAACUUUGCUUUCAUGGAGGGUAAGUAUAAUGGCAGCACUCUCAGUGUAUUGGGGCGUAACACUGUCUUUUCGGCGGUGAGAGAGUUGCCGAUCGUCGGCGGGAGCGGGCUUUUCCGGUUCGCACGUGGGUAUGCUCAUGCCCGGACACACACGUUUGACAUCGGAACCGGAGAUGCUGUCGUGGAGUACAAUGUGUAUGUCUUCCAUUACUGAUGGAUGUAUGUUUCUUUGCCUUUUAUGGUUAAUACUUUGAAUUAUUUGCGUCAUUUUUAAGGGUGCUUUGAGAAAUAAAAGACGUUGGGUUUCUCAUUUUAGGAUAUAUAAUGUUGAUAUUGUACGGGUGAGAUUU